GUCAUAUCAAUUAACUUGGACCAGAAUAUUGGACAAAGGCUAAUAACUUAGGACUAUUUGACUUGGAUGUGAGCAGAAUGGGUUCCGAUGCCAAUCAUGUCAUGAAAAUGAUUCAGGACGCAGUUUUGAAAAUCUGCUCACAACAUGUACAAUUUGAAAACUCACUGGAGAUAGAUGGCAUUAUAUGUCUCUCUCCGGGUAGCGCAAUUCCUGAUAUUGUAGUAAAAAUGCAUAGAACGGUGCUUCAAAGCAAAACUGUUCAUAGGCAGAUAUCUGCAGAACCAUCUCAGCCAAUGGGAGCCACCCCACCUAAUCCAGCUGAAUAUAACUAUACUGAUUAUACCCCCCAUCCGAGGUUACAACAAAUUCAAAUGUCAUCCACACCAUCAUGCUCCUUGAAGGCUGAGAGUAAUUUCAUGGAGAAUUCAGGUGGUGACGAUAUGUUCCCUGAUGGCCUAGAUACUGCAGAAGAAUCUCAUAAACAGUCUUCAAGUACAGCUACAAAAAGAAAAUGUGAUACAAAAAUCAAACAAGAGACCAUUCCUACUAAACAAGUCAAAUCUGAACCCAUUGAAGAAGAAAGUGACACUAUUACCAUUGAAGAUAAUUCAAAUGAUGACACAUUCCAUAAUACAAGAGACAAUUCAGAUACAUUUGAAAGAAAUGUGGACCAAUCAAAAUUUAGGGAAGAAACUAAUUCAUCAACUUUUAACCAAUCGAAAUAUGUAUCUGAGAGUAAUCCAGCAGCUUAUCAGCAAAGUAUGGGAGGGUCUGCUGACACAAAUACAUAUGCUUCACAAGGAGAGAUGCUCAGUCCGGAAUUCCAAAUAUGGUCACCCGAUAUCUCCAGCCCUUUACAACAACGAAAAAAGUCACUCAAAAAUACUGAAACGUUGGAGAUUGUGUACUCGGAAGACAACAUGGAAAAAAUGUUUCGAUGUCCGACAUGUCUGAAAUCGUUCAAAGAUAGAAGCAAUUGCAAGCAACAUCUUUUGAUUCAUACAGGGGUGAAACCAUAUACAUGCGAUGUCUGUGGAAAGGCAUUCAAUAAAAGUCAGAACCUUAAGACACAUCAAAAAAGACACUAUAUUGGGGCAAAUAUUCCCCCAGUGUCAACUGACACUAGUUAUAUGUCAACUGACACUAAUGAGAUGUCAUCAGCUGGUACUAUUUAGCGUUAAACGUGUCAACUUUAUAUGAUAAAAAUGAAAAAUAUGAGAUACACUAGGACAUCAGUAAAAUCAAAUGAUACCCCAUAAUGGAUGAGUAUAAGUGUUCAACUUCCUGGUAGCCAUGUUUAGAAUUGAGUACCCUAGGUAUAUAUAUGAACUUAGUGUAAAAAAUGGAAUUCCCUGCAAUGAAUAGAUAAAACAGGCAUUUGGAUAACACAUGUACUUUGAAUUAAUGAGAAAUACUCACUAAUAAGCAGUUAGAUGGUUAAACAUUUAGAUAAUACUCUAAUUUAAAGAGAAAUACAAUAAAAUGAGCAGUGUUCAAAUAGAAUAGGUAUGAGCUGUGAAAGAAAAUGCAAUCAUAUAUUGACAUGUUAUGAUGUAUUCUAUUAAAGCAAUUUUGCCGCAAUAUACACCAA